CCAGACAGAUGAUUCCUCAAAACCAGUCAGUCAGAUGAUUGCUUACCCUGCAGAGAGGCUAAGAUCAGUGAUACAAUUGUGUAUACUUGUGUGUAUGUGUGUGUAGUACGUUUUAUAAGGAGCAUUCUGAUUCUGCAGUUACUUCUGCGUGAACGUGAAGCCGUCUUAUAGAGCUAAUUAGACCUGCAAUAUUCGGCAUGAAUUACACUAUGGCUUUAGCUCUCUUAGACGCUUUUCUAUGCGUAUUGCGUAUUUGUUUAUGCAAUUCCGUACGUUUGCUUCCUAUAGCACGCCGAGCAAAGCUAGCGAGGUGAAAAGACAGUUUGCUAAUGACACACGUCACUAUAGGCUUAUCUCGAACACCUCACAACAAACGAAGACUGUGCAACAGUGGUUCCCUUUUUCAUCAAUAGCCCAUUUUUAUGAGAUUACUGAUGAUAACGCCCAUCGGGUACCAGGAGUUCUAGGCUUUGUUGUUGUAACCCCCUAGUAGUUUUUAAGCGAGUGGAGCGGAGCGUACAGAAAUCGGCCCCAGCGCUAUUGAUCUAACAUAGAGUAUUAUUACUGUAUUCACACUGGGGCUGAUCGCGAUCAAAGGAAGAUAAACUUUAUUCGAUCGGUUAUUGUACUCGAAUCCACCGGUGAAUAAUUUUCUCCACUAGUGAAUAACUCUUUCCGAUUCGAGUAGCCAUUAGUUUUGUCUAUCUGUUAAUCACACUUUUGUUUACAUUUAGAGAUGAUGUUUUGCGGAAUAAAUAAAAUAGUAAAUUUGGCUUAUUUACGGACCAUCUAGUGAAGAAUCCACACCAGAAGUUGCCUUAGACAGUACUGACUGUAGGCCUAUUCAAACAGUUGCCUGAAUAAGUUUGGAUGAAUCAAAAUCGUAUAAACUGGAGGACGAGGUUUAAAUCCUUUCUGAACUUGCUGCCUUCGCUGAUCUUUGGUCCUAAAGUACUAUGUGCGCCCAUCAACUCUAGCCACCGCGAAUGUUGGUUCCGCCAUCGUCCAAUUGUUCCAUACAAUAAGCAGUGUCCGAAUUCGCUCACGGCCUCUCUCCAUUGCCAGUUCAUUAUCCUGGUCUUAAUGACUGACGCCUCCAUGUCAUCUGGUCACCUCAAUUUAAAUCUACUACGCCCCUCUACAAUGGCGGAUUUAACGGUACGCGGACUGAGUGGUCGCUGGAGGCGCCGCGAAUGGUGAAGGAUGGAAUUUCUAGGGUAAAGGAUGGAAUUCCGUUCGUUGGCUUACCGUAUCAAACAACAGGCUUAUCGCUCAGUCUGCCGAAAACCUUGAGCUAUUCAAUGUAUCUGGCAACCAACUAACUGAGAUUGAUGCGGUCUUCAUACAGAAGCUCAAGUCAUCCACCCUGCUUAACAUCACCUUGUCGUCAAAUCCUUGUUAUUGUGUAAAUCCACAGCUUACGUUUGCCGUCGAAAACGCAGCACGCAUUACCGAUUACGUUGCCCUUCAGUGCAUUGACGGACAACCGAUAAACUCAAAGUGUGAUCAAAGUGUGGCUCUUCAAGCAUAACUUGCUACAGUGGUUUGCCACGGAGGAACAAAUUGAUAUGAAUAAGAGAUACGACGCAUUCAUCUCGUAUGCACAUAAGGAUGAGGAGUUCGUCACAAAGGAACUGUUGCCGAGGUUUGAGAGCGAAGAGCUCAACUUCAAAAUCUGCUGGCACGUGCGUGACUUUAUGCCGGGGGAGAUGAUCGCCAACGAGACUACGAAAGCUGUUGAAGAAUCGCGACGCACCAUUAUCAUCCUCUCACUCAAUUAUCUGGAGUCCGUUUGGGGUCAAAUAGAGUUUAGCACCGCGUACUUACAGUCGUUGGCGGACAAGUGCAACCGCGUGAUUCCCAUCAUUUAUCAAGAUAUUGGCGAUAUCGAACAACUUGAUCCGCAGCUCCAGGCGUACCUAAAGACCAACACGUACAUCCGCUGGGACGAUCCGUGGUUCUGGGAGAAGUUGCACUACGCCAUGCCUCAUAAGCGUCGAUUGAAGGGUAUAUUUUCCGCACCGAGUCUGAACUCGUUGGGAAGCGCCAAGACAGGAGGAUUUUACCGUCCGACUUGGCUUCGAACAGACAAACAACUUAGUCUUUGAGUUCUUGUGCUUGAAAGUCGAUUUAUUCAUGCUUAUUCCUAACUUAUAUACUAAUUUUCUGCUGAUCGAUCGCGAUCAGCAGUUUUUAUUUGGUCGAUAUUGUUUACAUUAGAUUUGCUUACAAUUGUUUCCGUUCGGUCGGUCAGUUCCCAGGCCGUGAUGACCUAAUUAUGCGGCGCUGUCAUCAACAUCCUGACCCCCGUAAUUCCUCGUAGAGGGGCUACUAUUUGGUGACGGUUUAAACGGCGGGGGGCGUAAAGUGUACAUUUUAGCUCGUACUUGUUUGAUAAUAAAUGCUAUGGUUAUUCCUAAUAUUAAA